CGGGCCUCAUUGUUUGUAAAUACGGGUAUAAAUACUGGCAGCGUAUUCUUCUUGGUCAGACGACAUAAUGCAGCGUCAAAUCGUCAUUCUUUUGUGCGUGGUCUUUUUAUGCGUUGUUGAUAGCCGCAAUACGGAAAUUAAAAGACGCAGUUUUCUUCAAGUGUAUAGGGAACUCGCACCAGUGUCUCUGGAAGUAACGACCGAGGAGCCCACAACGACAGAGGGCUACCCGUCUUCCCCAGAUAAUGAGGUUCCUGAUGUCGACAUUCCAGAAAUAGAUUAUGAGAACUGGCCAUAUGCCAUGAUGGAAUUUACAAGUCUGAUUGGUAGAUGUAUAACAUCACGAGCUGUAGCCCAGAUGAUGCCCAACAGACCAAAAAACAAAUUUCUGACUGAAUCUUGCCCACUUAUAUUACAAGCUCUCGAAUCUGAGUCGAAAGAAAGCGUUAAAGACAAAAUAAAGGAAUUUGGCGAAGAGAAUUUCGGUGUUUUACAAUGUGCAAACCUUCUUGCUGAAAGGGAAAAUGUAGAAUCUGUUCUGAAGAUGUCGUCUCUUUCCAAGAAAACUAGGCAUUUUAGGCCACCAGCAGAACUGAGAGCUGAAUCUUCACCAAAAUGUGAGUGGUCAAUCGAAGAAAUGUCAAAUGUCCUGUUUGAGGAGGCGAAAGAUCUAUAUGAAUUGUGUGAGAGAACAUUGGCUGACGCUAUUCAAUCUCCAGAAGAACUUCAGAAAGGAACAAAACCUGAAAAACGUUUUUUUGCUUACUGGAGCCUUGCUAGCAUGUUGGGGAUGUUUUUAUUAGGGUAAGAGGAUCCCCGUCUACAAUCUACAAUUUAAAGUAUCGACUGCCGCCUUCACUGUCAUCGUUUCAUGUUUAUGUGAAAAAAAAAAUUAAAAUCACUUAAAAU